AUGGACAUGUCAUGCUUCUACCACCUCACAGUUGGCAGCAAGACUUUUGUAGCCUGCAUCUCCCGCCGCGGCAGAUUUACCUUCUCAAUCUUUCACCGAAACGAGUCAUCAGGAUGAGUAGCACUGCGCAGAUUGUCUAUCGGAAGGAAGGGGGCUCCCGUGGGGAGCGGGAUCGUAGGUGGAAGAUCACUUGGAGUAUCGCCGCCCACGAGUCGCGAUUCUACCAGUUGGCGAACAUCACUAUUGAGGCCAUCACUAAUGCUAGCGCGACUGACGAGCUUGUCGCGGACAUUGGUGCGCUGACCCUCGAGGAUCCAGAUCGGACGGAUACACCCGAGGGAGAUGGGCUAGCGGAAGGCAUAAUUGGACGUCGAAGUCUUGGCUUCCUCGUGGACACACUCCAGCGCACCACCACCUUACACGCUACUCAAGCUAUCACGUUGGUUGCCCCGCGGGGACAUGGCAACAUCGUGCGUGCAGACAUUGUUCCCAAGCGCAUGCACGAUGUCGACAAUGUCGAGGCGACGGCAGCGCUCGCAGAGCCCUUGCAACUGUACACAGACGAAUCAUGGACAGCAUCUACCUCUCUGUCAACGCUCUUCCGCACUGCUGCGGGCGCCAUUCGUCUGAGCUCGCUGUCAGAGGUGUCCAUCGCCGACGCCUGGAUAGCACUUGAACGCGAGCUGGAGAAGCGUCUGAGUCUACCGCUCCUGCUCACCGGCCUGAAGCGGCGACUGCUUUUCAUGGUGGAAGGCGGGCUCGGCUUUCCGUUUGGCGGUGCUUGCUCGUGGCAACUCUAUGAGACAGCCAAGUCUUUGGGUAUCGAUCUCGUGGUCCUCGCAGAGGAAGGCCAUGUUCUCAAGCAGAAACCCGAAUACGGCGACUGGUACCACCACUUCAUUCCCAUCAAAUGCGACCAUGAUGCCGAAUUCCCCGCCAGAAUCGUUUCCGCGGUCAAGCAAUAUGAGCAAGAAUCCGGCAGAUCGGCAGACGGACUCUUCACAGCGUAUGAGAGCCACCAUGUCCCUGUCUCGACUGCCGCACAACAGCUUGACUUGUCCUACGAACCCUCAUCUGCGUACGAGGUCGCGACGGACAAAUUCAAGACCAGUAUCUCCGAAGGCCGCAAGUCCUACACCGCAUCAAGUGUGGACCAGGCUUUGCAUAUCGCGAGGACUGAGGACUUGCCGUGGCCGCUCAUCAUAAAGCCGUGUCGCGGAUGGGCGUCGGAGCUGGUGUUCAAGGUGGACGACAUCGAACAGCUGGAGCAGGCUGCUCCCCGCAUGCGAUCCGAUAGCCACGGUGCCGAAUUCGUCAUGGAGCAUUACUGCAGUGGUCCUGAAGUCGAUAUCAACUUCGUCUUGUAUGAUGGCAAAGUGUUUUUCUGGGAUAUCGGUGACGAGACUCCCAAAAACGCCGACAGCGGCUCGACCUCCUUUGGCGAGCUAGACUAUCUCUUCCCAUCUCAACUACCCGAAGCCGAACAACAAACUAUAUAUGACGCCGUUCUGCAGUCUAUGACUCGCCUCGGUUUCCGCAACGGGAUCUACCACUGCGAGGCUCGCAUUGAAAAUUCCUUGGUGGAAUGGCGAUUCAAUUCGCGGGGCAUCCCUUCCCUCCAGCCGCGUCAAGACCACAAUGGCAAGCCCGCAGAGUCAUGGCUCAUCGAGAUCAACACCCGGCCGCCGGGCGGUGACACUUGCGACUUCAUCGAGGCUACGUGGGGUGUCGAUUAUUGGGCCCUCUUGCUCGUCACAAAGUUUCGCAGCGCCUCUGAAUGGGUACACGCGCUUUCGCAGCCGUAUCGCGAUGGAGCUCAAUACUACGCCAAUAAAGUGUGGAUCAUUGCCGACUGGGACCCACCGAAGAAGGGCAUCUGGGAGUCGGGUAACAUCACGGAAGAACUGUUGCGGCAGCGGCCAGACCUGGCCAAGCAUGUGUCGCAGCACCGCACUUUUGCGAAAAAGGGCGAUCAAUUGCGCCAUCAGUCUACUGGGGCAAACAGCUUCGUGGCUUACUUACAUAUCUUCUCGAGACACAGUCGACUACAUGUCCUUGAAUUAGCGACUGAGAUUCGGAACGGGCUUCAGAUAGAGAUAUCUUAGACUCAGACUUGAUCUAGACUGAUACAACGUCGUUAGCGAAAUAGAAUACCUAUGCCCGUGGAGCCUCACAUUACCGCAAGCACAUGUGCUUUUCGAGGAUGUGAACAUCUUGCUACGCUGCCACAAUGAUGAGGGUGUGGGAUCAGCAUCUCUAGAACUGCUUUAACCCUACCCUUUCCUUCUGCUUGAUCUACCCUGGAUAUCUGCCUUAGAAUAUGCCGUCAAGCAAUUUGACGGCGGCCCUCGGAGCUUACCACUAGCCAAUGAGUCGAGCUUUGCCCGCAGGCUGGCACAUCCCGGGCGGAUGGUGGCCAACUCUGACUGUCAACGUGUGCCGAACAGUCAGCCGCAAAGCAACCGCAAGCGGGGUAGCUGCUGCGUCUCCUUUCUGACUGUUCCGCUUCCAGUUGCCGCUCCCGUGUAGCAUUCGCAC